GUGUGGAGGUAGUUGGGUCGGCCCACGCUAGGUGUCGCUACUCGCAAGUGUAGGCGCUGCCUCCACGCGCUCCAGUCCAUCCUCCGACUUCGCGGUGUGUGUUGGUUCUGUGCCUACAUCUGCUGCGCGUGAUAUACCACUGGAGUAACGCGAUACUGACUACGGAAAUAGCAAGCGGCCGACAGUGGCACGGCCUCCUAGAUCUCGGCGACGCAACAGCGCCACGGCCUCCUAGAUCUCGGCUACAGCGACGCGGCCCGCUGAACGCGCGAACAUGUGUGGCUCAAGUGAAGUGAGGUUAUGGUUCAGUGAGGUGUUGUUGUUGUUGUUUCUAAGCACUUUCUGUGUUGUUGGUGGCUUCAAUGUGGAUACAGAGAGUUAUAUUAAACACUCCGGCGAGCCAGGGUCCAUGUUCGGUUUUAGUGUCGCCGAACACAAGGAACGAGGAUCGAACUGGUUGCUGAUUGGUGCCCCCGAGGCACAGACGACUCAACCCGGGGUCAAGCGGGGCGGAGCGGUCUUCAGAUGUGACAUCAACACCGAUGACCACUGCCAGGAGAUCCCCUUCGACCGCACAGGACACAACAACAACUCAGAAUACUCGCAGCUGGACUCUAAGUCCUACCAGUGGUUUGGCGCCACAGUCCGCAGCUCGGGCGAGGACGGAGUCAUAGUGGCCUGUGCCCCCCGAUACGUGUGGUUCUCAACCCAUCUCAACAGGCGAGAUCCCGUCGGAACAUGCUACGUAGCCAAAAACCAGAUGACGGACUUCUCAGAAUUCUCACCCUGUAGAACUCGUAACUGGGGAUAUCACCGCCAAGGCUCCUGCCAGGCUGGCCUGGGCGCCUCCAUCUCUAAGGACGGGAAGCGUCUGUUUGUGGGGGCGGUCGGAAGCUGGUACUGGCAGGGUCAGGUUCAUUCUUGCGACUCGUACGCCCGCCUUCCCAGGUUCAUGCCUCCACGCUACGCCAUUCUCGAUGAGGAAGGGCAAAUAAUCUCGCAGAAUUUGUACAAUCGACCAGAUGUGAUCUCCAGCAACGAAGGACCGCAGACCGAGGACGACUCAUACCUCGGUUACUCUGUGACCGCCGGGGACUUCUCCGGGGGCGGCGGACAGAACGAUGUUGCCGUGGGGAUGCCCCGCGGCGCUGGCCUGAUGGGCAAGAUCGUGCUGUACACUUGGAAUGUGACCAACCUGCAGAACAUCACGGGCGAGCAGCUCGGGGCGUACUUCGGCUACUCUCUGGCGGCCGUGGACAUGGACGGUGACCAGCUGGACGACCUAGUCAUCGGAGCGCCGCUUUACACCGACCUCAAUAACAACGAAGGCGACUACGAGACCGGGCGUAUCUACGUCGUUUACCAGGGCAGGGAGGAACAAAAGUUUAGAUCCAUGAACAGGAGAGAUGGUGUGAACUCCAAGUCAAGAUUUGGCCUGGCACUAGCGUCUCUGGGGGAUAUCAACAAAGAUGGGUAUGGAGAUGUAGCAGUCGGAGCCCCCUACGAUGGACCCCAGGAGCGAGGGGCAGUCUACAUCUACCACGGCUCUCCCACUGGUAUCAGAGAGAAGCCCUCACAGAUCAUCCGAACCACAGACCUCGGCCUUCCCCUCACCACCUUCGGCUUCUCCCUCUCCGGUGGCGUGGACAUGGAUGAGAACCAGUACCCCGACCUCAUUGUGGGAGCAUACGAGUCCGACACUGCUGUGUUCCUCAAAGCCCGGCCAGUAGUAAAAAUGAUGGCUUCCGUAGAGUUCUUGUCAGACCAGAAGCAAGUGGUCUUGGAGGAGCAGAACUGUACCCUCAAGGAUGGUUCAAGAGUCGCUUGUCUUUCCCUCAAGAUGUGUCUGGAGUACAGUGGCCUUGGGGUUGACCCAAGAUUAGAUUUCAACGUCCAACUAAUUCUCGACUCCAAGAAGAUCAAGAGCCCCAGGAUGUGUUUCCUGUCGGCAGAGGGUCAAAGUUUCCAGAAUCAGACGUUAACUUUGGACAAAGGUCUGCAAAGGUGUCAAGAAGUGUUUGUCUACAUUAAGCCGGGCAUCCGAGACAAGCUGACGACUCUGGAUGCAGAGAUGCGCUACGGUCUGCGCGGUGAGGCCUCUCAGGCUGCCUUCUCGCGGCGCAGAUAUCGACGUACCCUCUCUCCUGUCUUGGACCUGAAUGAACCUCUCAAUCGCAAAGACAGCAUUACCAUCCAGAAGAAUUGUGGGAAGGAUAAUAUCUGUAUACCUAACCUACGUAUCACUGCAAUUCCCAAUGUGAAGAGAUAUUUGCUGGGCUCGAAGGAGAGGCUUUUCGUGGACGUUGUGGUGAUAAAUGAAGGAGAGGAUGCGUUUGAGGCAGUAUUCGACAUGAAAGUUCCUCCAGGCAUCAACUAUGUCAAUAUAGAGAGGGUGGACGCUGAGAGAGACGUGUUGGUACAGUGCUCUGCUCCCUCCUUCAUCAACAACAACACCCUUCAUUGCGACAUCGGCAACCCUCUGCCCAAGGAGAAAACCGUACACUUCAAAGUGUUGCUACAGCCCUUCCACAAGGCAGGGAUGAAGGCUCGGUACGAGUUCGACAUUGCGGUCAACAGCACCAACCCCGAGAACAUAACCUCCAGUGGUGACAACUUCCAGCAUCUUGUUGUGCCCAUCUGGGUGGAGACUGACCUUAUCCUGCAAGGGUCAUCCCACCCUGCAAUGGUACACUACAACACCUCGCUGUAUAAUGAAAACAAGGAGAUUACGCAGGAGUCGGAGAUAGGCCCGCAGGUAGUCCACGUGUACAGUAUCCGCAACAAGGGACCAUCAGACAUUAUGAAGGCAGAGGUUCACUUCCUCUGGCCCACCAGUACACUCUCACAUGACUACCUUCUUUAUCUCCUGGAACAGCCAGAUAUUACCGGACCGAUUAGGUGUGAACUUGCGCCAAAUGUGAAUCCGUUGAAGUUGAAAUUGGAUCGAAAAAAGACGUACUUUGAGCAGAGUGGAAUCCAAAGUGGUCUGACUUCAUCGGGAUCUUACUCUACUUCCUCUCAAUCUUCUUCCGGAGGUGUGAUCGUAGAGGAGUCCAGUUCUUCCUCAUCUAGUUCCAGCUCCUCCUCCUCAAGUUCAGGAGGUACAAUCAUCAAGAGCACCACCCUUCUGACAAAGGAGGAAAGGAGAAGGUUGGAGGAAGCAGAGAAAAGAGACAGAGAAGAAGCAGCUGCUGAAACCGGAGAUGGAUCUCUGAGAUACAACAAGAGAAUUCACUCUGAGGGAGGUCAGACUGGAUCAGAGUCAAGUCAGGGUUCAAGCAGUUCUAGAGGAGGUUCAACGGUCUACAGUAGUGGCACUUACAGAGGGGGAGAAUAUGAGGAGUCAAGCCGAACCGGAGGAGGAGUUAGGGUGGAGAGUGGCACCUAUGGAGGAAGAGGGUCUCAAGGAACUUUGAUCUCUGAGAGAGGAAGAGUAGAAGUCAGUGGAGCAGGAAUUAACACAGGUGGAGGAGUAUUUGAUACGUACAACACAUUUGACAAUGACAGAGGGACUGGUGGAGUAUACCGUGGCUCUCAAGAGGGAGGAAGAGUUGGACCCAAUAUUGAACCAGGCAUUAGUGGUGUGAGCAGAGGUAGUGAUGGCCAAAUUUAUAGGCAAGGUCAAGGCGGAGGCUACACAGAAACAUAUUACUCAGGUCAAAAUGUCGGUGGGAACAGAAGAGUAUCUGAGAGUGAAAGUACAUCGAGAAGAAACCAAACGAAUUAUUACGGAGUUAAUGCUGGAAGUAAUAUACCCUUCAGUGUAGGAGGAGUGCAUAACCGUAGCUACUCGCGAGAGGACGAGCACAGCUCGAAUACCACUUGGAACUCUGAAACUGGUGGAAGACCAAUCACACAUACCUCGACGAGUUGGAAGGAAAAUGAAGAUGGGGUUGUACGCAGUGGAAGCUCCUCUAAUACUUAUGAAGCAGCCAAUGUGAACAUUGCAGACAUGACAAACACUGGAAGUUAUGGUUCCUCAGGUGGAUCUGAAGUCAACAGAGGGUCUUACGCCGCAGGAAGUUCUGUAUCACACCAGUAUGGUUCUGAGAGUGAGAGGCGGUAUGGAGCGGGAAGUGUUGGAGGACCAGAGUACAGAGAAGGUUCAUACACUAGAGGAAGUGGAAGUAGGCAAGGAAGUUAUGGUCAGGGCUCAAGAAGAGUAGACAAUGUAAAUGCAGGAAGUGUGUCAUCAAGCUCAACCUCAGGAUAUGAUACCAGGCGGACUUACGAUGCCAACGCUGCAGGAAAUAACUACGGUUCAUCUUCUGGGUACGAUUCGAGAAGAACGUAUGAUGCAAGUGCUGCCAGUAGAGGCUCAUCUCAGUUUGAUGCUCUCGGUGGAAUUGCCUUAGGCCCUGGAGAUGGUGUCGCAAGAACCUACAGCUUUGAUGUAAACAAUGAAAAUGACAGGAGGACUGCUGGUGGAGCAUCACAGUACGGUAGUGUAGCUGGGAUGGCAGCUGGUUCUGGAGGUGGUUCAACAACGUACUCAUUUGAUGUCGGCUCAUCAAGAGGUCAAAGUGGGUCAUCUGGAGGAGGUGCAGCAUAUUCCGGUGGAAGUUCCAAUACUCAGUACAGCAACAGCUCAUCAGGAUCUUCCCACAGAAGUGGUUGGUCAUCUUCAGGUGGAGGAAAACAUUACGUCUCUGGAGCUUGGAACAGUGAAGAGGAUUAUGAUGUAACAAGGGAUCAGGACAGAAGAUAUCCUCCAGGAAGAGAUAAUGUUGACUAUGACACCAAUGAGAGGAGAGGAGGAUCUUCAUGGAGUUCUUCAUCACACUGGGAGAGUCAAGGGAGCUAUGGAGGAGUGAACCCUGAGCCCUCCAGUCGGCAAGCAAGAAUACGCAACGUUCAGCCAGCUACUGGAGACAACGUCGUAGAAGGAGAGGAGUCUAGGGUAAAGCAAAAGUUCCAGCUCUACCCUCCUCGCUACCGCAGACAGACAGAUGAACGUGAUGACACACUGGAAAGAAUCGACUGUGGUUCUAUAGAAUGUACCAGGAUACGAUGUACGGUUGGUCCUCUCACCAAGGACCAAGAAGCUUGGAUAGCUUUCCGAUCCAGGGUCUGGGUGCAGACGCUCAAGAAGUUUGCAUACCACCCCGAGGUCCAGCUGAGCUCGAUGAUGGCUGGGAGAGUGACUGAGCUGCCUCACAUCGGGGCACCAGACCAGAGUUCAGUCCAUACGCACGAGAUUGUCACACAGGUGGUCCCCCGUGAGACCAGCGUCAAGCCCGACGUCGUGCCACUGUGGGUAGUCGUCCUGUCUGCGUGUGCAGGGGCACUCAUCCUUAUGCUUCUAGUCUACUUGUUGUACAAGUGCGGUUUCUUCAAACGAAACCGUCCAUCGUCUAAUGUUCCGGAGAAACAACCUCUCAACCGUAAUGGUCACUACCAAUCAGGUGACGAAGCGUUGUGACCGUUGGCCAAUCAGAAUGCUGCGUUUUUAGCAGACAGUAGUAUUGCUGACUCCAUUCUUUGAUUUUCAGAGAUUGUGUCAAAAGCGUUUUGUUUUAAUCUCCUGUUAAGUUUAUAUUUCAUUAAUAAUGGCGAUGAAACUUCAAGUUUGUAAAAAAGUUUUAAUGAAUUAAUUUUGGAAAAAAUUAUUUAUUUAAGUGAUUAAUGAGUAAUUCCAUUCACACUGCCCGUAUUAGUCAAGCUGCAAAAUAAAAUAUUAGAAUUACUAAUUUUGUAUUUCUAUAUUUUUGCAUUAAUUUUGUUGGCAGCUAAAAUUUGGUUAAAGUAAUAUUUUAAAAACACUCUAUUUCUAUAAUUUUGAGACUUAAAAGAUUUUUGUACCAUUUCACUAGUAUUGUUGUAAAAAUAUUUGUAAUUAUGUUAAUUAAUACGUUAUUUACUAAGAUUUAAUUUAUUUGCUAAAAUAGGAAUAAAUAAUUAAGAUACUUACAUCUCUUCAGCAAUCCAUGGUAUUGUGUUAAUGUUUUUACUUUUUCACGAUUUUAAUGUUUAAGUGACAAAAUGAAGAUUUGUGUAGAUUAAAUCAUUAAUGUAGUUUGUUAGUUAAUGAGUACCUAUUACAUCUUAUUUAGCUGUUCCUUAAUCUGAUAAAUCUAAAUGAGUGGUUAAAGUUGUAAGAAAUAUGACAACAUAAUAUUAUAUUAGAUCUUGAAAUCUGAAUGUUCAAACAAUAUCAUAUUAAAUAAUAUUUCAAUUUUUUUAAGACAAGGAAUGAUUUUGCAAAACGCACAAUUUUUAUAUACUCAGUUUUAUUUUUAUUCUCAAUUACACAUCAAACUGAAAGAUUUUAGGAAAUAUGUAAAAAUGUACUUAAAUAAAUGAACUAUUUGCUGACAUUACUAUCAGGAAUAUCAUGGAUUGCGAAUUCCUACUAAACUGAAUAAUUUAUAAAUUAAUUUUAAGCUGUUGUAACCAAAUUUUAUUCUUAGCAAUAAUAUAGUUGCAUCCGAUAACAAUGUAACAAAGACUGUAUUUAAUUGUACAUUAACAAAGUUAUUUUAGUUAGGCUAGGAUAGAAGUUUGCUCCAUUAGUUGUUUUAGCGUUUUUAAGUUUUUUAUUCUGCGAAUCGUAUCACCGAGCUCGAUUUUUCAUCUAUAAUUUAUCAUUAUUUUAUACUUGGAUAGUUCCAUUUCAUAGUAUUCACACUAGAUUAACUUAUAUUUAUACACUUUUCAGUCUUAUGCUGUAUUUAAAUAUCUGUGUAAAUAUCUUUUACUUGUUUAUUUAUAAAGUAGAAAUUUGAAGGUAGUAAUACUUAAAUAAUACAUCAAAAUUUUAAGAACUUAUUUUUGUAUAAAGUAAUAUCAAAGUGCCAUUUUGUUUUGGUUUGUGCCAUGUUUUUGUCUGUCCGUUCAAAUAAAAAUUAAUAUAGUACUUAAAGUAUGCAUAUUAUAAGUGUGGCAAUAAAGAUCUUUUAUCACAAUAUUAAUUUUAUUUCUUAAUGUAAAAUAUUUUUGAAUUAGAGGCCUGAAGUGUGCCUUACUCGAAUUUGUUUAUAAUCUAAAUAUAUAGAGUGCAAAAAUUUUAAGGAUUACCAUAUAAUAAGUCUAAAUUUAUGCAGUAGCUAUUAAAAAUUAAAAGUAGCAUAAAUUAUAUGAUUAAAUAAAUGUAUUCCUCUAUUAUUUUUAAAAUGUGUGAUGGAUUACGAAGUAAAUAAAGCAAUACUCAUAGCUUAAGUAAUUCAGAUCUGAAAAAGUUAAAAAUCCAAAUAGUAAUCAAUCAAACCCAAAAAAAUAUAGGAUUAUGGAAGUGAACUAAUCUAGUGUAAAUAGAUGUAAAGUAUUUGAGUAUCGAUAGUAAUUUCGGAGUCACAAAUUGUUGUAAGAGCAUUUAGCGGAGGCUCUAGCAAUAGAAGUAUUGUUGUAAAAAUUGUUUUAGUUGAUGUUUAUGAAAACUCUAAUCGUUGUAAAUAAAAUAUGUUAUAAUUUAUAUAAA